UAAAAAACGUUCGAAGGCCCCGCGCAUGUCUCCUGCGGGAAAAAUAGAAAGUUUAGAGGCGUGUGGUAGAGGGAAGUCACCUGCCACGGCUCCAAAGCAUGCUUUGCAGCAUGCCACAGGCAAGGUUCAGGCCGCUGGCGGUACGUCUGUUUUUGCUCCUCCCCCGGCUACGACAUCCCAUGAAAGAGUGCUCGAUGGAGCGACCGAAGGCCUCAAACCAGAUAUGGAGGAACGGGAAUGGGUGACGUGGCACAAGCCGUGGGCCCGUUUUGAUAACCCAGAAAUGGCAUGCGAUUUUGAGGCCAUGCCGCUGGAAAAGCGGCACGAUUACCUCAUUCAGGGCGCCACCGCGCUGGAUCAUGCCCUCACACCUCUGCCUAAAAUGAAGGGGCACAGACACACCCUUGAAGCGAUGCUUCAACUCGUCAGGGACGACUUUGAGACCCAGCGGCCCAUGUCCGAAGACGCUCGCCUGGCGUGGAGGAGCGCCUUGGAGCUGACCCGGCGGAACCGGGGUCCGAAGGUCGACGAGGUUUUCAAACGCGUGCCCGACUUUCCGCGCCAGUACCUGGAGCGUGUAGUGCGAGGGAUGAUGAAGGAUUACGCCGUGGGCUUGGGGGUGAACAAUGUGGCCAGGCUGGCGGCGGUGUUUGAGGACAUGACACCCGCCUUGAUUCGGGCGCGGGCGGCGGCUUUGCGCGCGGGCGCUCAGGGCAAGAAAACCAGCGAGUGUUUCGAGAGGAUCAUGGACGUCUUGAGGGAGGAAAAGAUGGAGGCUCGGGAAGGACAAGUCGACGCAAUCACGGAGGGACUGUCGCCUUUGGAAAGGGAGAUCCAGGCCCACGGGCUGGACGUGGACGACGCGCGGGUCGUUGCGUGCUUUGUGACGGGCGAUCCGGCCUUCCUCUCCACCCACACCCUCCACGACUGGAUGCGUAUUUGGAAAAAAGUCCGCGAAAAAUGUCGGUACCUCCUCCAGGGUGACUUUGGGAGGAAAAAUCAGAGCGUCAUCGAAAGCCUGGUUGCCAUGGCGGGCGAUAGUAAAAGUGGCCGGAAGCAGAGCGGCACAGCGUCUCUCUCCAGGAAGCGCAGUGACGAAACCAGUACCAGUGGACAGGAUGGCUUUGGAGGUGUAGAAGAGCAGAGAAAGAGGGCCAAGGGAGGAAAAAAAACGAUAAAAGUGGAAAAAGUGGGGCCUGGGGAGGCCUUGAAGGAGGGUGAUAGUCAUCCCGAAGAGAAGCCGACGGCUUAUGCGCCCUUCGAAGAUUACCAAUACUUGCUCUUGCUGAAAAAACGGGCGGCGAAGGCGCAGGAAUAA